AUGGCUGCCAUGUUCAGCCAAAAUCCCCUGAUGAACGGGCCCAACUACUCCUUCUCCGAUGCCCCGAAGAGCGUCAACGGUGAAUUCAGAGAGCACCGCUUCAACCCGUACACCGACAAUGGCGGCUCGACCCUGGCCAUCGCCGGUGCCGACUACGCCAUCAUGGCCGGCGACACCCGUAGCACCUCAGGCUAUAGCAUCAACUCCAGAUACACCCCCAAAGUCUUCAAGAUCGGCGGAACGACCUCAUCACAAGAAGACGCUACCAUUCUGCUCUCCGUCGUUGGCUUCGCCGCCGACGGCGAAGCUCUCAAGGACCGUCUCGACACCAUCUGCAAGAUCUACCGUUACCGUCACGGUAAGCCCAUGAGUGUCACCGCCUGCGCAAAGCGCCUCUCCACCAUCCUCUACCAGAAGCGCUUCUUCCCAUACUACGUCUACGCAAUUCUCGGCGGCCUCGACGAGGAUGGCGUUGGCGCUGUCUUCUCUUACGAUCCCGUCGGAAGUUACGAGCGCGAGCAAAGCCGUGCUGGCGGUGCUGCCGCCAGCUUGAUCACCCCCUUCCUCGACAACCAGGUCAACUUCAAGAACCAGUACGUCCCGGGUAGCGGUGUGGGCCACGAGCUGCAGGAGCGUCCUCGCGUUCCCUUGGAGCGGAAGGAGGCCGAGAUACUUGUCAAGGAUGCGUUUGACGGAGCUGUGGAGAGACACAUCGAGGUCGGUGAUCAUUUGCAGAUGAUGAUUAUUACCAAGAAUGGAGUCGAGGAGGUUCUUCUGCCCUUGAAGAAGGAUUAA